ACAACCAUUUCAAAAGCUCUUUACUCAUAAAGAUCACCUCGAACAAAAAGCAUAAGAGAUUUUCCAAAAAGUACACACAAGUUCUCUAUAAUUUGCCGCUGUCAUCUCAAACUAUCGUUGCUGGCUAUCUUCUAAUCUUAAAACAGAACUGCAACCAUGCAGGAAAAGUCGAGAAUGCAGAGCAAGAGAUCAGUGGUUGCUCGUAGAGCUUGGAACGUUCUACGUUUAGCCUUGUUAUGGGCUAGAAAAGGUGGCAUUUUCAAGAACAGGCACCUUGUGGAUCUCCGUUUGCUUCCUAAAUAUAUUAAAAGCCUCCGUCAUACCAAUGAUCACUAUGGGGCACUACAUUAUGGGGAGCGUGAGUUUUCCUUUGAUGAAACUCCUAUUAUUCACGUUAAAAUGCAUCGCCCUGCUUCCUUGCGUUUCAAGAUGCCAAAUAUUCCAUGCAUCAAACCUCAAGUCGACUUUGACUUUGAUUUUGAUAACGAUAAUGAUUAUGACGAUGAAACGUACCAUCAUAACAAUGACAAUGUUCCAAGGAGGAGUUUCUUGAAGGGUGCGGAUGAUGAUUAUGAUGAAGAGGAGGAUGAGUAUGUAAGCUGCGAGGUGUCUGAGGAUGAGAUCAGUGCUGGUGGUGGCGAUGAAGCAAUUGAUAUGAAGGCUGAGGAGUUUAUUGCAAAGUUCUAUGAGCAAAUAAAGCUUCAAAGACAAAUAUCAUAUUUACAAUACCAUGAGACACUCGCUAAUUAAAGAUACAAAUUGACUGCCGGAGAGUUGCAGACGUUAAGUACUAGUAGCUACUAGUAGUAGUAGUAGUAUUUUCUAUAUAGGAGGCAUUGCGGGAUUUUUGUACGUAGAAGAGAUAUUCCAUUUUUCCACUGAUAAAAGCAGGUCACAAAUACAUUUCUUUUCGAAGUAACUCUGCAUCAAUAUGUCCGACUGUUAAACAAACAUUGACGAGAAUAAAAGAGAAGAAUUUUGACCAAACAUGACGCUCUUGUUUCAGCGGAAAUUUAUCAAAGUACUCUUUAUUACUGGUUUCAGUUGUAAAAUCGUCCAAUUUAUCUGCAUUAUGUAUCCAAGCUCGAUCAUAUUCAAAAGACUGAAUAUUUUACCCUUUUGGGUCCAGAAGCAGAACAUGGAUUUACAGCAUUGUAGUAUAUGUCCAAAUUUUAUUUUUUCCA